UUGGGCAGAAUCACACAACGCUGCAGAGAAAGCAAAGAUGCAGUCAAACGCAGGUUACAAGCUCUGAGCAAACAAAUAUAUUGAUAGUUCAGAAGAGAAGAAGCGGUCAACAGUGUCCUUGCUGGACAUACGCGCACUCCUAAAUAGUUUUCACCGAGCUCCAGCACGAUGCUGUUGAAGAGCUGCGCCUUGUUUCUAGCCAUCAUCUACUCUAGUGUGGAGUGGACAAGGGCUGAUGGCUGCUCGGGGUCAGGAUGUGGAAAGUGUGACUGCAGCGGUGUGAAAGGUGAAAAGGGUGAGAGGGGAUUUCCUGGACUGCAGGGCAACAUGGGGUUUCCUGGCAUGCAAGGACACGAGGGCCCAGUGGGGCCGAUGGGGCCCAAGGGCGAUCAUGGUGAAUAUGGAGCUCCUGGAAUGAAAGGAAUACGAGGCCCUCCUGGGUUACCAGGAUUCCCAGGAAAUCCAGGUCUUCCGGGAAUCCCAGGACAGGAUGGCCCUCCCGGUGGAGCAGGAAUCCCAGGAUGCAAUGGGACAAAGGGAGAGCGAGGCUUAGACGGACUCCCGGGCGUAUCAGGUCUGCCAGGCCCACCUGGUGCCCAUGGUGUGCCAGGAAUGAAGGGUGAGGCAGGUGGUGUCCUUGAUGGUUUUAUCCCAGAGAAAGGUGAAAAAGGAUUUCCUGGGUACUCAGGUUCACAGGGGCCUGCAGGACCUGCGGGGGUCCCAGGGCCAAUUGGACCCGUUGGCACUCAGGGAGCCAGAGGUUAUCCAGGUCCUCCUGGGCCACCUGGACCGAAGGGUGACAGGCUGACUUUCCUGGGUGAAAAAGGAGAAAAGGGAAGUCCAGGCAUAAGGGGCCCCCCGGGUCCCCCAGGACGCCCUUCUCAUGAAUCCGAGUCCCCCCCUCUUUCUCAUAUCGAACAAGGACCGCGGGGAGAAAAGGGUGCACGUGGAGACAGAGGAGAAAAAGGCUACUGUCUGCCACAUCACCAUGGGAUCAAAGGUGAACCGGGUCCUCCCGGUCCCAGGGGCAAAUCAGGCAAGGAUGGCGAAUAUGGCAGCAAAGGGGAGAGAGGUUAUGAUGGCACACUUGGAUACACUGGACGACCGGGUGAAAAAGGUGACAGGGGGCCUCCUGGAAAUGCUGGUGGCCCCCCCGGACCUCCUGGAUCUCCUGGUAGUCCCGGCAUAAAAGGAGAACGAGGUUAUCACGGUAGUCAAGGAGACCCAGGUCUUCCAGGCAGGAAUGUGGAGGGUCCCGAAGGAGAAAGAGGCUUCCCAGGAGAGUCCGGACAGAAGGGAGAGAGGGGGCCUCCUGGUCUGUCUCUUCCUGGCCAAGACGGCAAAGACGGACUCCCUGGACCACCCGGAUCCCCUGGACCUGCAGGAGACGGAGAUUGCACCAUGGAGCGAGGGUUCCCUGGAUACCCCGGGCCCCCUGGGCUCAGUGGGGAACAGGGACAAAAGGGUGAGAAAGGGGACACCUGCGUGCACUGUGAGGCCUCUGGCCCCCCAGGAGAGCCGGGCCCCCAGGGGCCCUCUGGGAAACAAGGUUUCCCCGGACCUGCCGGUCGAAAGGGAGAGAAAGGCUCGCCUGGACUUGCCGGUGCUGCUGGGGACCCGGGUAAGCCCGGCAACCCAGGCCUGAUGGGGUCCCCCGGGGCCCACGGCGAGCCAGGGGACAUUUAUGUGGCUCCGGGAUUGAAGGGGGAGAAAGGUUUGCCUGGCACCCACGGCCAAAACGGGCUGCCGGGUCUGGACGGGCUCCCUGGCAGAGACGGGCUACAGGGCCAGCCUGGACCCAAAGGAGAGCCAGCAACUGUGGGUAGCAAAGGAGAACGGGGUCUGGAUGGGGAACCGGGUUUCAGCGGCCCCCCAGGAGAACGGGGUCCUCCAGGUAUCCCUGGUUACGGGCGCCAGGGAGAGUCUGGGGAGAAGGGCAGUCAAGGGUCACCAGGACGUCCUGGAGCUCCUGGGACAGUAGGACCCAAAGGUGAGCCAGGGAAAGGCGUGAGCACACCUGGUCCACAGGGAGCUCCUGGACCUCGGGGAGAGACGGGGAGAACGGGCCCCGCAGGCGACCACGGUCCCCAGGGUGAUCCCGGGGCACAAGGCAACCCCGGACAGAAAGGUGACACAGGCCCCCCAGGAAUCGGACUCCCCGGCAUACCUGGACCCAAAGGGUACAUGGGCAAACAAGGCGGUCCAGGACUGCCUGGAGAGCCAGGGCGUCCUGGGCAGAAUGGGUUUGAUGGACGCCCAGGAAAAUCUGGACAGAAGGGUGAACCAGGACGAGGCUUGCCAGGGCCCAAAGGCUCCAUGGGGCCCCCGGGGACUGUCGGUUUCCAAGGAGAGAAGGGGGGCUUAGGGCUUCCUGGGAUCCCGGGAAGAGAAGGACUUACAGGACUUCCCGGAGCUCAGGGAAUCAAAGGUGACACCGGACCUCCUGGAAGACAGGGGUUGCAGGGGCCUGCUGGUCCCCCAGGACUGGGUGAGCCGGGGUUACCUGGACCUAUCGGUCCUCCAGGCUUGCCUGGCCCCCUCGGGCGCGGUGGAGUGAAGGGAGAUAAAGGGUACCCCGGUCCCUCGGGUUUGGACAUGCCCGGGCCUCAGGGAGAGAAGGGUAACCCAGGAUAUCAGGGGCUCCCAGGAUCUAAGGGCUUGCCUGGGCGAACAGGCCCUCAAGGAAGAGAUGGUUUCAUAGGCCAGAAAGGUCUUAAGGGAGAGAUGGGGGUGAUUGGAACCCCAGGAUCUCCCGGAAAUCCUGGUUCCCCUGGACAGCCUGGUUCCCCUGGACCAAGAGGUGACCCCGGUUUCAUCGGGCCGAGGGGUGGUGUUGGUGACAUUGGACAGAAGGGAGACAGAGGAGAGCGCGGUCUACAGGGGCCUGCAGGGAACAUGAGCGAAGUGGACAUGGAGCACAUGAAGGGAGAGAAGGGGGACCACGGGGACAGAGGUAACAACGGAGUGACAGGUCAAAAAGGAUACCCAGGCCAGCCCGGAGUACCAGGAAUGCCAGGGAAAAAUGGAGAUCCAGGAACACCUGGACACCAAGGUGAGAAAGGUGACCAAGGAGAACCGGGUGUGCCAGGAGCUGUGGGUACCCCUGGACUGAAGGGCCAUAUUGGAGAGAUGGGGCUGCCAGGUUCUGCCGGACCCAAAGGCAAUAAAGGAACGAAUGGGACCCCGGGGCAUCCAGGAUUCCCAGGUUCGACCGGGACCAAAGGAGAGAAGGGGGAUGUAGGUCUGCCAGGAAUCGGUGUCCCCGGAGCCCCAGGUGAAAAGGGGCAACCUGGUGAAACAGGAUCCCAAGGAUUCCCGGGAGAAAAGGGGCAUAAGGGUGGGAUGGGAACACUGGGAAUGCCAGGAAAACCAGGACAGAAGGGAGACCUUGGGCUGAAUGGUCAACAAGGCAUCCCUGGCUGGCCAGGUGAGAAAGGAGUCCCCGGAUUACCUGGGUCAGCAGGUGAACCGGGUCUGCAGGGACGACCAGGGGAACCAGGUCUGCAGGGCGCCCCGGGUCCUCACGGGGAAAAAGGAGAGCCUGGCGUAGACGGUAUCCCAGGGUCCUCAGGAGAGAGGGGCGAGCCAGGAACGCCUGGCAGAGGCUAUCCUGGAACCCCUGGUCCGUUUGGCAGUAAAGGUGACAAAGGCAAUGCCGGGGUUCCGGGAAUUCCAGGCAGCCCCGGUAUCCCGGGUUCGAAGGGGGAUAAGGGUUUCCCAGGGACCCAAGGGCAGCUGGGCCGACAAGGGGAGCAGGGCCCCCCUGGGACAUCCAUGGAGGGGCCCAAAGGAGACAGAGGAGUAGCAGGGGAUCCUGGAGAGAGAGGCACACCUGGGUCCCCGGGGCCCGCCGGAGUUCCGGGACGGGCUGGGUCAAAGGGGGACAAAGGAGAUCAGGGCUACCACGGGCCUCCAGGACAAGACGGAUCCAAGGGCGACAGAGGACCACCCGGUGCUCCUGGACAAACUGGGCUGCCAGGAUUUAAUGGACCAAAGGGAGAAAUUGGGCAACAGGGCUUCCAUGGAUUCGAAGGGAUGAAAGGAGAUGCUGGAUCUGCUGGACCGAAAGGAGAGUUGGGAGAUAGAGGCUUCCCUGGAGUGAAAGGAAAUGUUGGGCCUCCAGGGCCCCAGGGCCCCCACACCUUCAUCAAAGGAGAAAUCGGCCUUCCUGGGCCUGCUGGACAGGAGGGCCACAGAGGGUCACCAGGGUUUCCUGGAGCUAAAGGGUUGCAAGGCGUGACCGGACGGCAAGGUCCCAAGGGAGAGGACGGGCAGCCUGGGUACCAUGGUCGCUCUGGCAGCAAGGGGGAGCCCGGUCCUGUCGGACCUACAGGACCCAGAGGGUACCCUGGCCCCCCCGGGCCUGACGGAGUGCCCGGUCAGGUGGGGCCACCCGGUCCCUCCUCCAUGGACCACGGCUUCCUGGUGACACGGCACAGCCAGUCGGUGGAGGUUCCUAUCUGCCCUCUGGGCACCAGACUUAUCUACGAUGGCUACUCCCUCCUUUAUGUCCAGGGCAACGAGAGGUCACACGGACAGGACCUUGGGACUGCGGGGAGCUGCUUGAAGAAGUUCAGCCCCAUGCCCUUCCUCUUCUGCAACAUCAACAAUGUCUGUAACUUCGCCUCCAGGAACGACUACUCCUAUUGGCUGACCUCUCCCGAGCCCAUGCCCAUGAGCAUGGCGCCUGUAACUGGUCAGAGCAUCAAGCCCUUUAUCAGCAGGUGUUCUGUGUGUGAGGCCCCUGCCAUGGUGAUGGCAGUCCACAGCCAGACCAUAAUGAUCCCUGCGUGUCCGAAUGGAUGGGACUCCCUGUGGAUUGGAUACUCCUUUGUCAUGCACACCAGCGCUGGCGCAGAAGGUUCCGGUCAGGCCCUGGCGUCCCCCGGCUCCUGCCUGGAGGAGUUCCGGUCCGCCCCCUUCAUCGAGUGCCAUGGGCGCGGCACCUGCAACUACUACGCCAACUCCUACAGCUUCUGGCUGGCCACCAUCGAGGACGAGGAGAUGUUCAUAAAACCCAUCCCAACCACCUUGAAAGCUGGCAAUCUUCGAACUCACAUCAGCAGAUGCCAGGUGUGCAUGAAGAGAACAUAAUGUAGAAAUCGCUUUGGCCUGUCUUUAUUAUUAUUUUACAGUUUCAGGUUUUUUUUUGUGACAAAUGAUGGUGCUAUUUGGUGAGGAUAAAGACAGCUUCAUUCCAAAAAAAGCAACAACCCACUUUAUUCCAAAUAAUAGACACUGUGUUCGUGUUACAAGCCGAGCGAAUGCAGUGUCGAACUACAGGAUUACGAGCCAGGAGCCUGAACUUUCAGCACUUUGCUCCCUUUACAAACAUUACCGCGACGUUUCUUUGCUGAAUGGCACUUUGUUUCUUACUGCACUGACUAUAUCCCUCUGUAAGCAGGUGUCCAUUUUAAAGCUGUGUGUUUGUGAAUACGGUGAUGUCUGCCAUAUCUACCUUUUUGAUACAUGUCAUUCAUUCAAUCAAUUACUUAACGUUUUACAGAUACCACUUAAAUCUGCAUCAGUGUAAAGAUAUAAAUAGUUUUGUUUGUUUUGUAUUUGAAAACGACAGAGUUACAGGUGAUAGUCACUGAAAUUUGUUUGUGGGAUAUACAUAGGUUACAGUACCACAUCACUCUCUGGUGGUACCGCAAAUAGCCUCAGCUUCAUUGUAAAUAUGUUGCUUCCAAAGUGCGCAAUACCCAGCCACGUAAGAUGUCAUGUCAGGCAAUUACAUUCAUUUGUGUGCAACAUUUUUUCUUUUUAACUUAUGAGGGAGAAGAUACUGUAUGUAGGAAGAUAUGUCAGUGCACGUGAAAAGCCAAAGUUAAUCGCAGUCUGUCAAUCUACAGUAAAAUGGUAAACAUUCUCAGUAGUAACAUUCUCAGUAGCAACACUACAUGUACACAGGCACAUAUUUAUUGUGUAAAAAGCACUGCAUGUUGCACACCUGGAGAGAGAGUCCUGGAUAUCCUUUUUUUCUCAAUGCAGAGUGCGAUCAUGUGAUUGGCGGGAUGAAGUAGUAACAAUUUAUGUAAUUUCACAUUAAGGUUUGGGGCCAAUGUUGUUUUGUAAUUGAAAGCAAUGUAUGCCUUGGGGAACUCUCCCUCUGUGUCCAUACCCCUGCUACUGUAAGCACACCACCACCCUCGUCAUGGCAUCCUGUGGAAAAUGUAGACCCUUCCAAUAUAAAACCAUAGAGUUCCCCAGUAAUGAGGAUUGCCCUGUUAGUGAGACAGUUACUGGCUAUGGAGGGAAGAGACAAGGUCUUUAAACUAUCACCAUGGUGACAAACAGCCACACACCAAAAGCCAGCGAUUUGGAUUAAACUCGCCCUGAUCCGUGUGAAAUGGUCUUGUUCACAUCGGACAAGGAUUCUGCUACAGUUCUUCUCUUACAAAACAACCUCAACUUUCAAUCCCUGCAUCCCUUAAUUCAUAAGGACUAAUAUACCGGUAGUUUUUGUCUUCAAUAUUUUGUUGGCAAGAAUAUAGAUGUGAUAAAAUAAACAGAAAUAUAUGAUGUUUCACUUGAUUCCUCAAUUAUGCAAACUAAUUUCCAGUAAUCAAAGUCUUGCUAGUUUAUUAUUAAUUUAUACAAUUAUUUAUAUACUGCUUUCAUAUUUUGCUUUUGUGGAUAUCUACAGCGUUUUUAGUUAGAUAGAUUAUUCAUAUGUCUAAUAUCAGACAGAGAUAUAUACGUUUUGCCUACAGUAUGUCUCAUGCAAAAUUAUAAGUUGUCAAUUUUCGUGAAUUCAUGAAUUUGACAUUUGUUGUCCAGGCCAGUGGCCCAGUGCUCAGUAGUGUAGACAUUCCACACUAAUUUAGUAGCAGAAUACAGUAAGUUGACUUUUGAAAAGGAACCCUUUGCAUGCCCAAACUUUAUUGCCAAAUAAAGUGGAGAAAAUGGCAUCUAUUAAAUCCAAAGAAAUUCCAUGAGCUGUUUCUUGCAAAAUAUAUUAUACUUCAGAUAAUUGUAACAAGGAUUUCCAAGAAGCAGCAGACAGAUUAUAUUUCCGUUAAUACCCAAUAGUUGUAUCACCAACUUCAUUCAGGUUUUGCUGUGUCUUGCUGUGAUUGUCAUCAUUCAGUAUUGAGGGCAGUUUCCAUCAUCAGCCAUGUCUGUCUGUCUGUAUGUGUCUGUAUGUCUCUGUCAAUAUAUGUAAGAACAAGUACUCCAAAUACCAAGAGAUAAAUGCAGUUAUUUGGUGAAAUUUUAGAAAUUUGUAUUUGUGGUGCAGCCUUUGGACUCACAUUAACAAAAAUGGGUCUUGUUGUCACAUUUCUUCUCCUGCAGAAUCCAUACUGUGCAAUUCAUACAAUAAAUUAAUUUGUAUAAAAUGUCA